UCGAGUUAGUCUAGAUCUUUCCUUUUGCUGGACAAGUACAUAUCUAAAGCCAGACGAGCAAACAUGCGGACUUGUUUGCUAUUCAUUUCGACCUGUUUUGUCGCUUUCUUGUCCGUUAAUGGCCGAGGCAAUAGAAGAUUCGCACCGCAUUAUUCCGAAUUUCCAUCGUAUCAUCGUUUACUAGUUGAUGGUUCGUUAGACGAUGAUUUCAAUCAUCAGCAGCCAAUGGAAAACCAUCUGCAAGGAAUCUGGCCUUAUUAUGCUGAGCCCAUUGACGAUUAUCCCGACUAUUUGGCCAACCGGCCACAACUAUCCGAUCCGAGAUACGAUGGCAGACAUAGAGAACAAUCCCCUUUCCCUCGAUUUCUAAGGCUCGGCCGUGUCGGCAAAGAAAGUCUUCGUAACAGGAUGCAAACUACUCGCCAACAGCUAUCGAAAAGGUCGUUUGGUCAAACCUACCAGCACGACGAAGACACUUCUGGUGCCGUUGGACCACCACCAAACAUCUACGAUCACCUACCAUCAACUGCUGAGGACGGUGAACCCACCAGUCUGCUGGCUGAACAAAGAUACGACCAAGGAGACAAAUCGUUAGAAAACAACCGUCCGAUUCUUAAGAAGGGCGACCCGUUGAACAGCCUUGCAAGGUUCUUUGGAUCGAGAAUUUUCGGAUUGUUCCAGCCGCAAUAUUAUCCGUUCCAGUACGCUGCAGCGCCACCCGGUCCUCCUGGACCACCAGGAGCAACUGGGCCUACUGGGCCAACAGGAAUAGGUAUUCCUGGUAUACCUGGAGUGCCCGGAGCAGCCGGAGCGGCCGGAGCGGCGGGCGCGGCUGGAGCAGCUGGCGCUGCAGGCCCAACUGGUGCAACCGGGCGCUUCUGGAACACCUGGAGCAGCAGGUCCUACUGGCCCGUCUGGUCCUUCUGGCUCCCCAGGUCCUACUGGUGCUACAGGUCCAGCAGGAACUUCAGGCGCAACAGGUCCCACCGGUGCGUCAGGUGCUGCAGGCCCUACGGGUCCUCCGGGUACUACUGGAGCCACUGGCCCCGCAGGACCGUCCGGUGCCACUGGUCCACCUGGAACUAUUGGGGCACCAGGUCCUGCAGGCCAAGACGGUCUAAAUGGUGCAGCCGGUCCAACAGGCGCAACAGGCCCCUCAGGUACAACCGGAGCAGCAGGACCAACAGGCGCUGCUGGUGUGUCGGGGCAGCUGGAGCGUCAGGCGUUGCAGGGUCAGCCGGUGCAACCGGCCCUUCCGGUCCUCCUGGACCAACGGGUACGGCGGGAUCAGGCCCUGCUGGUUCCGCUGGAUCAGCUGGGGCAGCAGGCUCAGCUGGUGCAGCGGGAAGUCCCGGUGCAGCCGGACCACCGGGUCCCCCUGGCCCUGCUGGCGCUCCAGGUCCAUUCGGCCCAGCCGGCCGUAUGGCUGAUGGCUCGGACAAUUUUGAAGACGAUCUUGGUGCAGUCCAUAUUGGCUCCGAUUCCGACUAUUUGACGCAAUCCAUCCAUCUUCCGUCCGACCAACAGGUUCAACCUGAGAACUGGUUGGAGCCAGAGCAAAAGGUGAAGCCGAUGAGAGUGUUAAAGAAACCGAUGAAAUCAGCCAACUCAACCGACAGCAGCACGGACUUGAACGACAACACUAAACCGGUUGGACCGCAGAUUUCAUCUGAACCAUCAACGUCAAAUGAAUCGCACCAACAUCUGCCAUCGGUGGCAUCGAAACCGAAGAAUGAGACCAUCGAAAUGAGCAAUCAAAUGGUCGCAAUGCAACCCGUUCCAGAACCGAAAUUGAGUGAGACAAAGUCGCGAAAUUCGAGCCAACAAGUGACGCUGGAAUCGGUUCAUCAACCUGACAAUCGGACAACAUCCGAUGCGGGGAAAUUGAGCGAGCCAAUGACAGAGAAGCCCGUGACAUUGGGCUCCAGCAUUCGGCCAGCGAUUGCGAAACAGCCGACACAAAAACCGAUCAAGUCAGUGCCGGCAGUGAAGAGCCAAGUGACGACGACCAAACCGAGAGAGAAGCAGAAACCGCUGCAACCGCCAAAGUCGAUGACGGUUGAUCCGAAGCCAAUCAAGAAGUCGGUUAAACCAGCGCAUGCCGAAAAGGGACACAAAAAACGGACACAUCAGCCGACAGCCAACGAGCAGAAAAGUGCGCCAAAGAAAAAGAAUGCCGAGCAAGGGAAACCAAUCAAGCCAUCGGGCCAUUCAGCCGGACCGACGGAAGCCAACGCAGCCGCGAAAUUAAAGAGAAACCAAGUGAAAACGGAAUUGGAAGAGGAACCGGAUGAGCUGCUCCAAAAGGGCAUCCGAUGCAGCAGAUUCGGCUGUUAA